GCGCUUCGCCGGGGCGGCGGCGGUCGUGCGUGGGGCUCAGGAUGCGGCCGGGGGGCGCGCUGCUCGCCCUGCUCGCCAGCCUGCUGCUGCUGCUGCUGCGCCUGCUCUGGUGCUCCACCGACGCGCCCGCUCGCUCCAGGCUCUCGGUGGAGGAGAGCAGGGACGCCACCCGCGGUACCCCCGCCGCGCUGAGGACGCUCCGGAGCCCGGCGACCCAGCUACCGCGCCCCACGAACAGCACAUAUCUGAGUGAGAAGUCCUUCCAGCUGACAGAAACAUGCAAAAGACUACAAGACGGCUUUCAGACUUUAUCUAGCAAACUAAAAAGGUAUUUAGAGAGUGACUAUCUUCAGAUUAUCAGAAAUAUACAGAGCUGUCCAUGGAAACGACGAGAAGAAGAAUAUGAGAAUUUUAGAGCAAAACUUGCUUCCUGUUGUAAUGCUGCUCAAAACUUCAUUGUUUCUCAGAACAACACUCCAGCUGGGACCAACAUGAGCUACGAGGUGGAAAGCAAAAACGAAAUCCUAAUUAGAGAGAAUAUUUUUAAUAUGUUUCCAGUGUCUCAGCCCUUCAUGGAGUACCCAUACAAUCAGUGCGCAGUGGUUGGAAACGGGGGAAUUCUGAAUAAGUCUCUUUGUGGAGCUGAAAUAGACAAAUCCGACUUCGUUUUUAGGUGUAACCUUCCUCCAAUUACAGGAAAUGUGAGUAAAGAUGUUGGCAGUAAAACCAAUGUUGUGACUGUAAAUCCCAGUAUCAUAAAACUAAAAUAUGGGAACUUAAAGAAAAAGAAAGAAAUAUUUCUAGAGGACAUUGCGACCUAUGGAGAUGCAUUCCUUCUUCUUCCAGCGUUUUCUUUCAGGGCCAACACAAUAGCCUCUUUCAAAGUGUAUGACACCCUAAAGGAGUCUCAAGCAAGACAGAAGGUUAUAUUUUUCCAUCCCAAAUACCUGAGAAAUCUUGCCCUUUUCUGGAGAACUGAAGGUGUGACGGAGUUUCGCCUGUCCUCUGGCUUGAUGAUCACAAGUGUGGCAGUUGAACUGUGUGAGCACGUAAAGCUGUAUGGAUUUUGGCCCUUUUCUAGAACGAUUAAAGACACACCAGUCAGCCAUCACUACUACGACAACAACUUACCCAAACGUGGUUUCCAUGAGAUGCCUAAAGAAUAUAGACAAAUUCUUCAACUUCACUUGAAAGGAAUCCUCAAAUUACAAUUUAGCAAAUGUGAAAGAGCCUAAGCGUAGUGUCUUAAAAUGGGAAUAGUUUUAAUAGAAUGCCGUAGGUGAGUAAUGGUGUUUCCCAUCACUAAAAGCAGUGGGUGUAGGGCAUAAUAGGAAAAGCCCUGAAACGUGGUGUGAUCAAAGUUCCCCACUGAGUUUGCAACAUCAGCAGCUCAUGCAGUUGCUCCGAUCUUCAGUUUCCCUCCCUGUGAAAUGGGGACCAUGAUAUCUAACUCCAUCUAGCAAUCCAUGAAAUCUCCUAGUACAGGAUUUGGCGUGAGGUAGGGACUCCAUGAAUAUUUCCUUGUUGCUCUCUACAGUUGCCAUUUCCACUCUCAGCAGACUGAUAAUAAAAGGCAUGCUGUUUUGAAGACCCUUCCUGGAGAGACCUGCUGAAUUGCCAGUUUUCACUGGGGGUUCUUCCUCAAUCAGGCCUCUCUAUUAUCAAUAAUAUCCUUCUCAUCCUUCUUCCUGUCCAAAAGAGGACGUCUAAGAAAUUAUAGCAAACCCUUGAUGAUUCAGGAAUGAAAUCCUCCUCUUUGGAUGGUAAUGUACCUGCUUCUGAUCAUCUUUACUAGGGUCAUUAGUUGCAAUGAUGUGUCUGGCUGGAUUUAGGCCAAUUGUUUUCCUCCUUUAUUUACAUUUUUAAAGUGUUCUUUUUGAUUUAUAUUAACUUCCUGCCUUACUAUUAAGCCUUUUCUGCUUCCACUGACAGGAUCUAUUUUAAGAGCAUGAAGAGUUACAAUACCCAGUUUUUCUUACCUGGUUUCUGUGGUGUCACACAUUCAAUUUAUUUGUAAAAAAUUAUCCAACAGCUACUUCAUGCCAGACCCUGUAGCAGGCUGUGUGAGAGGGACCUAAAGAUGACCAAGUCCUGCAGGAGGAAAUGGAUAUGCAUAUGACCAACAGUGAUACGGUAUGAUAGAUGUUGUUACGACAGCUAUGAA